GUCGUUGUUCAAAAUAUUUUCAAUUCCGUUUCAAAAUAUUGUAUCGCGUCGCAUUUCCCCGGUUUGUGUUAAAUUGAACUGUGUUUCUAAAUUUGCCUCACAAUGACAACGAACCGAAAGAAAAAGGGUAACGCGGAGCCCAUGGAAGUCGACGAAGUGGAUGAAAACACGAAUGUGGUUACAAACGGUGGGACUGAUGCGGCCGAUCAAGAGUUCCUUAUAGACGGUGAUGUAGACCGUGUUUCUGAAGAUGAAGAAGGGGGGAUCCGCAUGGGCGGAGUGUAUAUACCGCCAGCGCCGAAGCCGGCGUGCACUUUUGACGCCACAGGGCCUAGACUGAUAAUAACGCAUAUUGUUAAUGAGAACUUUAAGAGCUAUGCUGGUGUGCAGACCCUUGGACCCUUUCAUAAGAGCUUCACCUCAAUCAUAGGCCCCAACGGCAGUGGAAAAAGCAAUGUGAUAGACUCUAUGCUAUUUGUGUUCGGCUACCGAGCCACCAAGAUCCGGUCCAAGAAGAUCUCCGUGCUGCUCCACAAGUCCAGCAAACAUCCGAACAUCACCAGCGCCAGCGUCGCUGUUCAUUUCUGCCAGAUCAUCGAUGGGGAAGGAGAGGAUUUCACCGUAGUCCCGAACAGCGAGAUAGUGGUGUCUCGCACGGCAUUCUCCAACAACUCGUCGUACUACACGCUGAACGGCAGGAAGGUUCAGUUCAAGGAGGUGGGGAAGAUGCUCAACUCGCACGGCAUCGACCUCGACCACAACCGGUUCCUUAUUCUACAGGGAGAGGUGGAACAAAUCGCGAUGAUGAAACCUAAAGCUCAAACUGAGCAUGAAUCCGGGAUGUUGGAAUAUUUGGAGGAUAUCAUAGGGACUUCUAGAUAUAAGGUACCGCUAGAACAGCUGCUCGUAAAAGUGGAAGAGUUCAGCGAGCUUCGUAAAGAGAAACUGAACCGAGUGCGCCUUGUGGAGGCGGAGAAGGCUCAGUUGGAGGCGCCGAUGAGGGAGGCCGUGGAACAGAUGAACCUCACCAACGUCGUUGUGAGGACACGGAAUACGCUGCUGCAGAAAUACAUUCACGAGACGAAUAAGCUGAUCGAGGGAAAGACGCAGUUGUUGAAUGAGUUGCUGGCCGCGUUGGCGGAAAUAGAGGGAAAAGUGAACACAGCUCAAGAAAACCUCAAUGAAAAAACCGCGGUGCUCAGCAACGGGACUAAGAAAUACGACGACUUAUCCAAGAAGAAGGAGGAGUUCAGUCAGAAGCUGUCCGUGUGCAAGAAAAAAGCGGUAACCACACAGGCGGACAUCACGCAAGGGAACAAAAAGAAGAAAAAUCUAGACACACUCAUCGAACAGGAGAAGGGGAAGCUGAUUGAGUUAGAAUUGGUGCCAGAAAAGAACGCCAAGGAAAUAGAAGAUUGCGAGAGUCUGCUGGCCAGACAUCGGGAGAACAAGGUGAAAGCCGAAGAGGAGUUGCAGACGGUCAUGGCCAGUGUCAGGUCCAAAACGCAAGGCCUCCAAGAAACAAAAGACAAGCUGCAAGCAAAGAUGAUCGAGCUAAAGCGGAUCGUAGACGAAGCCAACAAGGACUUCAAACUGAGAGAGUCCGAGCUCAAGAUCUAUCUCAGCACGGAGACGAAAGAGACGGAGAAGCUGGAGAGAAUGAGAGAGAGCUAUGAGAAGGCGGCGAGGGACUUGACUGAGAAGAAAACUCUGCAAGAAGAGCUCGCGUCCACGGUACCGACCAAUGAGAAGCAACUGACGGAUCUUCAGUCGAAGCUACGGAACAUGAAGCAGGAGGAAACCGGUGUGCUCACCGAAGCUAGAACUCUGAGAGCUCAGCUAGAAGAAUCGCGAGCGGCGUUGAACGCGAAUCGAUCACGCGGCAGAGUGCUGGACUCGCUUAUGAAUGAGAAGAAAAAGGGCAAGAUGCCUGGCAUCUUUGGAAGGCUUGGCGAUCUCGGAGGCAUCGACCCAAAAUACGACGUAGCCAUAUCAACUUGCUGCGGUCCAUUGGACAACAUCGUAGUAGACACAGUGAAGACCGCUCAGGCCGCGCUCGACCAUUUACGUCGUCACGACAUCGGUCGAGCCACCUGCAUCACGCUCGAGAAAAUACAACAUCUCGACUAUCAGACUAAGAAAACAUUCCCUGAAAACGUACCACGUCUCUUCGACCUGAUCACAGUUCGUGACGAACGCAUGCUACCAGCAUUCUACUUCGCUCUCCGUGACACCCUAGUAGCGGACAAUCUAGACCAGGCGCGUCGCAUCGCGUACGGCCGACAACGACACCGUGUCGUCACUCUAGCUGGCGAGGUUAUCGAGAUAUCCGGUACCAUGUCGGGCGGCGGUCGGACCAUGUCCCGCGGCCGCAUGGGCAGCUCCGUGCAGCAGGACACCAACGAACAGGACCCCAGGGUGCUGAAGGCUAAUGAGGAACGACUAGCUGCGCUUGAAGAAAGACUAACAGCGUUGCGAGGCGAACACAGUGUGAUAGAGGAGAACGUGGUAUCGCUGCAGCGUAGCACUCGCGAAGGGAAAUCCACACUCAACAAGCUCAACUUCGAACUGAAGAGUCUUGCCGAGCAAGUGCCGCUGUUACAGAACCAAGUGCGACAACAAGAGACCAAAGCGGCCUCGUCCCGUGUCGACGAGGCCCAGAAGGCGCGGCUCGAGGCCGCCGUCGAAGAGGCCAAGGAGGAACUCGACAAGGCCAAACACGACGCUGGCGAGGUUGAGAAGGAAGUCCACGGCGUGGACGCCCAGAUCGCUGCCGUCGCCGGCGGUAAGGUCAGAGAGCUGCAGAAGAGCGUCGACGACCUCUCCAAGAAGAUAGAUAAGGUGUCUAGCGAGAUCACCAAACUGAGGGUCGCUAUUAACACUAGCAAAAGAAACGCCAAAAAGUCCAAAGACAAGAUAGCUCAAAUGGAAGCGGACCUCACAGAGAACGAGAGGAAACUGGAGACUUGGAACAGCGAGAAGAAACAGCUGACCCUCGACAGCGCAGAGCUGCAGAAGUUUAUUGAGGAGCUCGACGAGCAAAUAUCCGACGGUACGGACUCGUUUUCAGAGCUGAAGAAAGAGAUAGCAGCACUACAAGCCAAAAUGAAUAAAUACAAAAGCGAGCAGAUUGAAGCAAAGAACAAUGUGACCAAGAUGGAGAAGAGCAUCGUCGACUUUAGGGCGAAAAUGCCGCAGUUAGAGCGAGACCUACGAAACCUGAAACUAGAAGACCCAGGUAUCGAAGGUGUGCCUGGCAUCGAGCCCCCCGAGCCUCUCGUCACACAUACUUAUGAGGAACUAGAAGAAAUGGCGGUAGACCAACUUAGGGAGCGGUUGACAGCUCAGCAAGGCCGGCUGGGCGAUGCUAAACCUAAUCUCCAGGCCAUACAGGACUACAAAGCGAAAGAGGAAUUGUACCUAAAACGGGCGGCCGAGUUGGACCAGAUCACGGCGCAGCGGAACGAAGUGCGCAACGGAUACGACCAGCUCAAGAAGAGACGCACCAACGACUUCUUAGCAGGAUUCAACACGAUAACCGCAAAGCUGAAAGAGAUGUACCAGAUGAUCACGCUCGGCGGAGACGCGGAGUUGGAACUUGUGGAUACCCUGGAUCCAUUCACCGAGGGAAUUACCUUCAGCGUCCGGCCCCCGAACAAGUCUUGGAAGAACAUCUCCAACCUUUCCGGCGGAGAGAAGACCCUCUCCUCGCUCGCGCUCGUGUUCGCGCUGCACUACUACAAGCCCACGCCGCUGUACGUCAUGGACGAGAUCGACGCCGCGCUCGACUUCAAGAACGUGUCCAUCGUCGCCAACUACAUCAAGGAGCGCACCAAAAACGCGCAGUUCAUCAUCAUCUCGCUCCGCUACAACAUGUUCGAGGUGUCCAACCGGCUGGUCGGCAUCUACAAGACGGAGGACUGCACCAAGUCGCUCACCAUCGAGAACAAGCUGCCCGAAAAGCCGCAGGGGGAUAUUGCCGUCUCGUAAGAUACACACUGAUGUGACA